AGAAACGAAACUAAAAGAAGUGCCUGGAGAACGGCACGAUUCGAGGUGUGAUCUUAAUUUGUUUUUUUACUGUUUUUUGUGCAGCUACAAUUUCAACACUGCCGACAUGGCCACUGCCAGCAGUCUGCUGUCAGAGGAGAGGUUCCUGUGUUCCAUUUGCUUGGAUGUGUUUACUGAACCAGUGUCCACGCCAUGUGGACACAACUUCUGCAGCGCAUGUAUCCGCAAGUAUUGGGACAACAGCGUCGCUUGCCAGUGUCCGUUUUGCAAAAGAACAUUUUCUUCGAGACCUGAACUCCAUGUGAACACCGUCAUGUCUGAGUUAGCCGCUGAGUUUACAAAGCUGAAUCGAAUGAAAGCCUCAACUCCGGAGCCAGAACUUCCUGAAAGAGCAGACAUCCUUUGUGAUAUCUGCUCCGACAUGAAAGCCAAGGCAGUUAAAUCCUGUCUGAUGUGUCUGACGUCUUUCUGUGACGUCCACCUCGAGCCUCAUCAGAGAGUUUCGGUUCUUAAGAGCCACAAACUCAUAGAUCCUGUGAGUAAUCUGGAUGAUAGGAUGUGCAAAAAGCACGACAAGAUAACAGAGCUGUACUGCAGGACCGACCAGGCCUGUGUUUGCGUCUUGUGUCUCAAAACCGAUCACAAGAAUCACGAUGUUGUCCCGCUGGAGGAAGAAUACGAAGCAGUGAUGGCAACAAAAGAUGGAGUGAUGGCAAAUAUCCAACAGAUGGUGCAGUCACGAUCCGAUAAGAUAGAGGAGAUUGAGAAUUCUCUUGAUGUCAGCCAGAGAGAAGCUGAGAAGGAGAUAGAGGCCAGCGUGCAGGUGUUCGCUGGCUUCAUUCGCUCCAUUCAGAAAAGCCAGGCUGAGCUCGUUGAAGUGAUCGAGGCGAGGCACAGAGCGACGAAGCAAAAGGCUGAAGGUUUUCUCAAAGAGCUGAGGGCCGAGGUGGCUGACCUCGAAAGCAGAAGCAGCCAGCUGGAGCGGCUGUCACGGUCCGAGGACCAUCACUGCUUCCUCCAGAACUUCUCGACCCUGUGCUCUCCAGCAAACAAGGACUGGACCGACACCAGCGUUCACAGCGACCUGUCUUUCCAGGCGGUGAGAGAAGCCGUGGCCCGGGUGGAAAACAGGGCAGAUGGGAUCGUGGCAAAGAUUCCCGAGAUCAAAAUGAAAAGAAUGAGGGAUCACGCGGUGGACUUGACUCUUGACCCCGACACGGCGCACUGCUGCCUUCUGAUAAGCCAAGAUAGAAAACAAGUUGCACUUGCAGAGGAACAGAAGCUUCCCAACAAUCCAAAGAGAUUUGAGAAAUACCAAGAAAUUUUAGCAAAAGAGGGGUUCACGGGAGGGAAGUCUUACUUUGAGGUGCAGGUAAACGAAAAGCCUAAGUGGGCUGUUGGAGUGGCCAGAGAGUCUGUGGAUAGGAAAGGAGACACAGAUCUAUCAGUUUCAGAUGGUUAUUUGGCCUUCGGGUUGGAAUCGGGCAAAUAUUUUGCAUAUGAAGAUUCAGCUGUUGUCAUCACACUGGAAGAAAAGCUUCAAAAAGUGGGCAUCUUCGUCGACUACGAUGGAGGAGAGGUUUCUUUCUAUGAUGCAGAUUCUCAAUCACACAUCUAUUCUUUCAGUGGCUACACCUUUAAAGAAAAACUUUACCCUUACUUUUGCCCUCAAGACAAUGAAAAUGGGCUAAACUCUGCCCCUCUCAUCAUAACACCUGUAUCUCAGACUAACUAGUGCGUUUGUGGGUGGGACAACAGCAUUACAAAUAAGUUGAAACUGACUACUGCACUCAGUAGCUUCUUUCCAGUAAUAUAUAUGGAACAGAACUACGAUGUUUAAUAUGCAAAAAUACUGCUGAAUUCAGGCAUAGAUGUUUGAGCCAUGGCAUCUUUGUAUGAUGUGAAUAUUUGCAUGCAUGAUGCCAAUAGAAGCACAGUGAGAUUGUGUUAUAUUACAGGGUUGAGAGUACGAAUGUCAUAGUGUAACAGUGUAAGUAGAUAUUUAGUUGCUUUCUAAUUCACAUAAUAAGGUGAGAGUGUAGCAUUCUUGCAAAUGUCUUGCCUUUUGUUUACAGACAGGGACCUGUUGAUGAUUUAUUAGAGGGAGAUUUACAGUAAAAGGGUUUCUAAAAUCUUUUUUUUUUUUUAAUUUUUUCUGGUUUCUUGUAAUUCUUUGUAACUCAGAAUAAAAAACUUUGACACUAUUACGUCACAUCAUUCCUUUCUAGAAGCUCUGUCAUAAUAAUAAAGUCAUACCUGUGAAGCAUU